GACGGAAGUAAGAACCCGAAACACGUUUUUGCGUCAUUUCCGACUUUGACGCGUUGUUUGGGGAGGAAGAAACAUGGAUAUCUCCACCAAAACAUGUCUCUUGUUGGCUCUCUCCGAGCACUCAAAGCUCAUGAACAGAUACAUAGUCCACACCAGUGAAGAGUUUGAAGAACAGAAAAAACGCACAAGGAUAGCAACAGCUGCUAUACUCCGCUCGCCACAUACAGUGACCCUGAAGACUGGGACCAAAUGGGAAGUCAUGCCGAACGUGGACAACGAUGCUUUUUAUCAUCCUUACAAAGUCACCAAAAGACAGUUUGAUUUUCUUCUAAUGGUUCUGCAGCAGCAAGGACUGAAACGGCAAAAAGCCAGAGGUCUGCCAACAGUACCUGUAAGAAUGAAGGUCUUGAUGUUUCUGUGGUACAUGGGAAACCAGAACGGCUUUAGAGACAUCUCGGACAAAUUUGAUGUCUCAGAGUCAACAGCACACAAGUCUGUUUUGGAAGUGCUUACCAUUUUUUCCAAUCUAGGUGCAUCCUUCAUCUCUUGGCCAAAUGCAGGGAGAAAAAAAACAUCUUCAGCUGCAUUCCAGAAACUGUGUGGCCUUAGCAGAAUCAUUGGUGUAAUUGAUGGGUGCCAUAUCAAGAUAAAUCGACCAAACAUAAGAGGGGGAGACUACAUGAACAGACAAUCAUAUUAUUCUGUCCUCCUUCAAGGGAUUGUUGAUGAGAAAGGGCGAUUUAUUGACAUAUUUGUUGGGCCACCAGGCCGAGUUGAUGAUGCCAGAAUGUUGAGGGCCUCCCACUUUUAUGCAGACUGGCAGGAGAAAAUGAGCGAAUACAGUUUGCUCGGAGACAGCGCUUAUACUGACCAGGCUGACCCAUUUAUCAUCACUCCGAAGGCUGAUAACGGUGCCCUCAGUGAAGAUGACCAGCUCCGAAACUCCUGCAUCAGCUCAGGAAGGGUAGUUGUAGACAAAGCUUUUGCAAAAAUGAAGUGUAAGUGGAGGCGGGUGAGAGACCUGCAGAACACCCGCCUCGAAAAUGUGGUGAUGAUUAUAAUGGCAGCCUGUUUCCUCCACAACAUGUGUAUAGGUGACAAUGAAGCAUGUGAGGAGCACCCACAAGGCUGUCCAAGACAGGCAGAUGACAAUGUUUAGGUUAGGUUUACAGUUUGUUAUGCUUACAUGAUAAUACAAUUAAAGUAUUCUUACUUAAA